AUGGGGAGCAAGAAGAAGAUAAGUGUUCCAGCAAAGUUAAUCAAUGGAGGUGUAGCCGGGCUAGUGGGAGUGAGCUGCGUCUUCCCAAUUGAUUUGGCGAAAACCCGUCUUCAAAACCAGCAGGGACAAGGAGUCUAUACUGGAAUGCGGGAUUGCUUGGUGAAGACUCUGCGUUCAGAGGGAUUCUUCGGCAUGUACCGAGGGGCCGCAGUGAACCUGACACUGGUCACGCCAGAGAAGGCAAUCAAGCUGGCAGCCAAUGACUUUUUUCGACAGCUGCUGUCACAGGACAGGAAGGAGUUGACGCUGGUGAGGGAGAUGCUAGCUGGCUGUGGAGCUGGGGCCUGCCAAGUGGUGGUCACCUCCCCCAUGGAGAUGCUGAAAAUUCAGCUUCAAGAUGCUGGACGACUGGCUAUUCAUCAGCAAAAGGUUUUGGGAACAGAUGGACCACCGGCUCCCUUCUCCCAGCCCCCUCAGGACAGGCCUUACACCACUGGCACAGCCUCAGCAUUCAAGCGCCCCUCGGCCACUGUGAUCGCCAGAGAUCUUCUGAAAACCCAAGGGCUAGUGGGACUGUACAAGGGACUGGGAGUCACCCUGCUCAGGGAUGUGCCUUUUUCCAUUAUCUAUUUCCCACUGUUUGCCAACAUCAACAAACUGGGACAGAGGCACUCUGAGGAGAAGGCACCCUUCUUCCAUUCAUUCGUGUCUGGCUGCGUGGCGGGAUCCGUGGCUGCAGUAGCAGUGACCCCUCUGGAUGUUUUAAAAACCCGAAUUCAAACGCUCAAGAAAGGCCUGGGAGAGGACACCUACAAUGGAAUCAUUGACUGUGCCAGGAAGAUCUGGACACAUGAGGGCCCUGCUGCCUUCAUGAAGGGGGCAGGCUGUCGGGCCCUGGUUAUAGCACCCCUCUUUGGCAUAGCCCAGGGUGUCUAUUUUAUUGGCAUUGGUGAAUAUAUCUUGGGAUAUUUCCACUAG